CAACGGGACACAUAUAAAACUACAGCGUCUGGCCUGGAGGCGGUCGGUGCUGAGUUUCUGCUGCAGGUCCGGGUCCUGCCGCUGGAUUGCCCCAUCGGUCCUUUCGUGUUUUUUUUGGAAAGGGUGAAUGUCGAGUGGUUUGGCUUUUGCAACUGGGGACACACGCACCAAACACUGAGAGAAGCCUCCGCUACCUUCGCACCCGUAUUUCUCCCCCAAGGGCCCUGCAUGUCUAAUAUUUAGACAUGUUCAGCUUUAUGGAUUCCAGGACUGUACUGCUGCUUGUAGCAACCCAAGUCUGUCUAUUAGCCGUUGUGAGAUGUCAGGAGGACGACCAGGAGGACCCUAUUAGCUGUCUACAAGACGGACAGAGCUAUAAUGACAAGGACGUAUGGAAACCAGAGCCGUGUCGCAUCUGUGUGUGCGACACCGGAACCGUCCUGUGCGACGAAAUUGUCUGCGAGGACCUAAAAGACUGCCCCAAACCCGAGAUCCCAUUCGGAGAGUGUUGCCCCAUCUGCGCAGCCGAACCGUCCACGCCCAUCGGAACACCUGGAGCUAGGGGGCAGAAAGGCGAGCCCGGAGACAUUACCGAUGUUGUAGGACCGAGAGGACCAUCUGGCCCUAUGGGCCCACCAGGAGAACAAGGAGCCCGCGGAUCAAGAGGAGACAAGGGAGAUAAGGGACAGCAUGGUCCCCGUGGCAGAGAUGGUGAGCCUGGCACCCCCGGAAACCCCGGCCCCCCUGGACCUGCAGGACCGAACGGACCCCCUGGCCUUGGAGGAAACUUUGCAGCUCAGAUGGCCGGUGGCUUCGACGAGAAGUCCGGCGGCGCACAGAUGGGCGUGAUGCAGGGACCGAUGGGCCCCAUGGGACCCAGAGGACCACCUGGCCCCAGUGGAUCACCUGGCCCACAAGGUUUCCAGGGUAACCCAGGAGAGGCUGGAGAGCCCGGUCAAUCUGGCCCCAUGGGCCCCCGUGGCCCCACUGGACCUUCUGGAAAACCCGGAGAUGAUGGUGAAGCUGGAAAACCUGGCAAAUCAGGCGAGCGUGGACCUUCUGGACCUCAGGGAACUCGUGGAUUCCCAGGAACUCCCGGCCUGCCCGGCAUCAAGGGCCACAGGGGUUAUUCAGGUCUUGAUGGUGCAAAGGGAGAGACCGGAUCUGUCGGUUCUAAGGGUGAGUCUGGAGCUCCCGGAGAGAAUGGCGCCCCUGGACCUAUGGGACCUCGUGGCCUGCCCGGCGAGAGAGGUCGUCCUGGAUCCAGUGGAGUCGCCGGAGCUCGUGGAAAUGAUGGCUUGGCCGGCCCUGCUGGUCCUCCAGGCCCAGUCGGUCCUUCUGGAGCUCCUGGCUUCCCUGGCUCUCCUGGUACAAAGGGAGAAGCUGGUCCCACUGGUGCUCGUGGACCUGAGGGUGCUCAAGGACCUCGUGGAGAGUCAGGUACACCUGGAUCUUCUGGACCUUCUGGUGCUUCUGGAAACCCUGGUACUGAUGGUAUCGGUGGAUCUAAAGGAUCAGCUGGAGCUCCUGGUAUUGCUGGUGCUCCUGGUUUCCCAGGACCUCGUGGACCUCCCGGGCCUCAGGGAGCAACUGGACCACUCGGGCCCAAAGGAACAUCUGGGGACCCAGGUAUUCCAGGUUUCAAGGGAGAGGCUGGACCCAAAGGAGAACUCGGACCCUCAGGUCCUCAGGGAGCACAUGGCCCACUGGGAGAAGAGGGUAAGCGGGGACCCAGAGGAGAGCCCGGUGCUGCUGGUCCACUUGGACCUCCUGGAGAGAGAGGAUCCCCUGGUAACCGUGGUUUCCCCGGUCAAGAUGGUCUGGCUGGUCCCAAGGGAGCCCCUGGUGAGCGCGGACCUGCUGGUGCCAGUGGUCCCAAGGGAGCCAAUGGUGACCCCGGCCGUCCUGGAGAGUCUGGUCUGCCCGGUGCCAGAGGCCUGACUGGGCGACCUGGUGACGCUGGUCCUCAAGGCAAAGUCGGACCUUCCGGAGGUUCUGGUGAGGAUGGACGUCCUGGACCCCCUGGCCCACAGGGAGCCCGCGGACAGCCUGGUGUCAUGGGAUUCCCCGGACCCAAGGGAGCGUCUGGUGAGGCUGGCAAGUCUGGAGAGAAGGGACUGGCUGGAGCUGGAGGUCUGAGAGGUCUGCCCGGCAAAGAUGGAGAAACCGGCGCUGCUGGACCCCCCGGCCCCGCUGGCAUCGCUGGAGAGAGAGGAGAGCAAGGACAGCCCGGACCCUCCGGCUUCCAGGGUCUGCCUGGACCUCCAGGCCCCCCUGGAGAGGGAGGCAAGCCCGGAGACCAGGGAGUUCCUGGAGAGGCUGGAGGUGCCGGUGCAACUGGACCCAGAGGUGAGCGUGGUUUCCCCGGAGAGAGAGGAGCUGCUGGUCCUCAGGGUCUUCAGGGACCCAGAGGUCUGCCUGGAACCCCCGGAACUGACGGACCCAAGGGAGCCAUCGGUCCUGCUGGUGGUGCUGGAGCUCAGGGACCCCCCGGCCUGCAGGGUAUGCCUGGAGAGAGAGGUGGUGCCGGCAUUCCCGGACCCAAAGGAGACAGAGGUGACAUUGGAGAGAAAGGACCUGAAGGUGCUUCCGGCAAAGACGGUGGAAGAGGUCUCACUGGUCCCAUCGGCCCCCCUGGUCCUGGUGGUCCCAACGGAGAGAAGGGUGAAUCAGGUCCUGCUGGUCCCUCUGGAGCUCCUGGUACCCGUGGUGCUCCUGGUGACAGGGGUGAGACUGGACCUAAUGGACCUGCUGGAUUCGCUGGACCCCCGGGCUCUGAUGGUCAACCUGGAACCAAGGGAGAGCAGGGAGAGUCCGGACAGAAGGGAGACGCUGGUGCCCCCGGACCCCAAGGACCCUCUGGUGCCCCCGGACCUGCUGGUCCCACGGGUGUGUUUGGACCUAAAGGUGCUCGUGGUGCUCAGGGACCUUCUGGUGCCACUGGCUUCCCUGGAGCUGCUGGCCGUGUUGGUCCUCCUGGUCCCAACGGUAACCCUGGACCUGCUGGGCCUGCUGGUCCUUCUGGCAAAGACGGACCCAAGGGUGUGAGGGGAGACGGUGGACCUCCAGGCCGACAGGGUGACGCUGGGCUCCGCGGCCCCGCCGGAACUCCCGGAGAGAAGGGAGAUGCUGGAGAGGACGGUCCUCCUGGUCCCCUGGGUCCCUCAGGUCCUCAGGGUCUGGGUGGUCAGCGCGGUAUUGUCGGUCUGCCAGGACAGCGUGGAGAGAGAGGCUUCCCCGGUCUGCCCGGACCCUCAGGUGAGCCCGGAAAGCAGGGAAGUGCUGGUGGCGCCGGAGACCGUGGACCCCCCGGACCUGUCGGACCACCUGGACUCACCGGACCUUCAGGAGAGCCCGGCAGAGAGGGCAACGCUGGAUCUGAUGGACCUCCUGGUAGAGAUGGUUCUCCUGGAACCAAGGGUGAACGUGGUACCACCGGCCCUGCUGGCGCUCCUGGUGCUCCAGGCGCUCCCGGUGCCUCCGGCCCAGUUGGUCCCACCGGCAAACAGGGAGACAGAGGAGAGGCUGGUGCCCAAGGACCUGCUGGACCUUCAGGACCCGCUGGAGCCCGAGGAAUGCCCGGACCCCAAGGACCCCGUGGUGACAAGGGUGAGGCUGGGGAGACUGGUGAGAGAGGACAGAAGGGACACAGAGGCUUCACUGGUCUGCAGGGUCUGCCCGGACCUCCGGGUCAAUCUGGAGAUCAGGGAGCUACUGGACCUAGUGGACCUUCUGGACAGAGAGGACCACCUGGUCCUUCUGGUCCUGGUGGAAAGGACGGUUCAAACGGCAUGCCAGGACCCAUCGGGCCCCCCGGACCCCGUGGUCGCUCUGGAGAGAAUGGUCCCUCUGGUCCUCCCGGUAACUCUGGACCCCCCGGUCCUCCUGGUCCCCCCGGCCCCGGUAUCGACAUGUCUGCCUUCGCUGGCCUGGGCCAAACCGAGAAGUCCACCGAUCCCCUCAGGUACAUGAGGGCCGACCAGGCCUCUGGAAACCUCCGUCAGCACGAUGCCGAGGUCGACGCCACCCUCAAGUCUCUCAACAACCAGAUUGAGAACAUCCGCAGCCCCGAGGGAUCCAGGAAGAACCCUGCCCGCACCUGCAGAGACCUGAAGCUGUGCCACCCUGACUGGAAGAGCGGAGAGUACUGGAUUGAUCCCAACCAGGGCUGCACUAUCGAUGCAAUCAAGGUGUUCUGCAACAUGGAGACAGGAGAGUCCUGCGUCCAACCCAAACCUUCCGGCAUCCCUCGUAAGAACUGGUGGUCCAGCAAGAGCAAGGACCGCAAACACGUCUGGUUCGGAGAAACAAUGAAUGGAGGAUUCCACUUCAGCUAUGGUGACGACAGCCUGGCGGCCAACACAGCUGCCAUUCAGAUGACCUUCCUGAGACUGCUCUCCACCGAGGCUGCUCAGAACAUCACCUACCACUGCAAGAACAGCGUGGCCUACUUGGACGCCUCGACAGGGAACCUGAAGAAGGCCGUGCUGCUGCAGGGCUCCAACGACGUGGAGAUCAGAGCUGAGGGCAACAGCCGCUUCACCUACAGCGUGAUGGAGGACGGUUGCACGAAACACACGGGCCAGUGGGGCAAGACGGUGAUCGAGUACAGAUCGCAGAAGACCUCUCGUCUCCCCAUCGUGGACAUUGCUCCCAUGGAUAUUGGUGGAUCAGACCAGGAGUUUGGAGUCGACGUCGGGGCGGUCUGCUUCUUGUAAAGAAUGAGGGAUCCGCAAAAAAAAAGAAGAGAAAGAAAGAAAGAAAUUGGGAAUUUGAAACAAAGCUAAAAUGAAAGAGGCGCACACUUCAGAUAAAGGAGGAGAGGAAGAGAGAAAUCAAGACACUUUUUUUAAAUGGGACUUUUUUUCUAAGUAAAAAGUGCUUUUUUCCAAGUCGAACUUCGUAGGAUAUCUGCACUGAAUGGCACUAGCAACUGUCAUCUGUGAUUCAUCCAGUCAACUCGCCCUGCCCCCCACCCCCUCCCGGAC